GAAGAAUGCCAGCUGUGGGACAAGAAGUGCAGGCCGUGCCACUUCCACAGGUACUGGUGGGAUGUGGCGAUUCUACACUGAGGACUCUCCAGGGCUCAAAGUUGGGCCUGUUCCAGUUUUGGUCAUGAGUCUGCUUUUUAUUGCUUCUGUGUUUAUGCUGCACAUCUGGGGUAAAUAUACUCGUUCAUAGACUCAGCUGCCAACUUAAAGCAUACAUCUUGGACCAAAAAUAUGGUGGAUCCUGAUUGUUCUUGGAGAGAGACUGGGGAAGCUUCCUAUCACCUGUUGAAGUCCUGUCAGCUUUGGCUCUAAUACUGAAUGAAUUUCUCAGUUUGCUACUUGGGCAGGUUUAAAGUCUGUCAUGGGUCAUUUUAUAUUUGUAUCUGUACACUUAGAAUACAGGUAUUGCAAUAAAAGUUGUAUAUGGAAACAGAA